AUGUACCUUUUGGUCGUACAACAGAGUGGUAUAUCAAUAAUGUACCCAUGCUUAGGUAUGCCGCUUAAAACAUCAAAGUCGACAAAAAACUCCACAGCAGGACUCAUUGAAGUUAGACGUACCACAGAUGCUAUUGACUUUUUAGAAUGGAAAACAAAACGGGGUGCUGUAAAAUCCACAAACAGAACAGAAAAUGCUUGUAUAGGGUAUUAUAUUGCUCUGGAGAUGGAAACAAUUAUCAGAGUGGCAGCAUAG